GCCGCGCUCACAGAGUCACGUUGAGGCGCAAGGCGGCAACGCGCGGACGGCACCCCGGUCAAGCAGUGAGCAGCGAGUGUCUGUGACAGUGUGCAGUGCGUGCCUUUGGAGUACGGAGUAACGAUGAAGAGCUUCAGCGCGAUCACCAUGGUGCUGUUGGUGCUGGCCGCCCUGGCGUCCCUGGCAGCGGCGCAGUCCUUCGGAGACUUCUUCCCCGGCUUCGCCGCCGCGCAGUCCUCCGGCGCGGCCGGCGGCCGCUCCAACACGGGUAACCCUGGCCCCAUCCUGUUCCCCAACACGCCCCCGGGCUCCGAGACGAGCGGCGUGGUCGUGGGCGCGUCGGGCUUCGGCUUCGUGCCUCCGGGUGGACGCACGGGGGGCGCCAGAGGUAACUCCGCCGCCUUCACCGGAAGCUUCGGCAGCGAGGACUACCUAUAGAAGAACGUCUCCCUCGCCUUCGCCUUCCUCAUCGACAUCGUCAUCUACAUCGUCCUCGCCAUGCCAGCCGCAUGCAGCCUCAAGAGGAACUGCUCUCCGUCUGUCUGCGUGCAUCCAUGGAGCCACGAAGCGACCCGAGCGAGGACCCGAGAGACCAUGGAGGAGGACAGGAGUCUCUCCAGACAGAGUCGUUCCAACUGGGUCGUUCCAGACGGGUUCGUUCCAGACGGCUCAUUUCACGAAGCUGUCGUCGUCCAUUGACACCUUUCCGCUCACUACUGUCAUCGAAAAAGCAACGUUCAAAUGUUAUUUUUAAUUUUAUCGAGGAAGGAAGUAGAAACUGUUGGUGAUGAAACCAAAUGUGACGAGUCCCUCCUUUGAAAUGUAAAGUUACCAGUGUAAACCUCAGGAUUUCGUCACAGGGCAUCGUUUGACUUGUAUGUAUUUUGGUGCCAUGCAAUGUUCAAAUCGGCUGCUGUUGCCUUUUCUUCUUGUAGAGCUGUCUUCCAGUUUUGAACAGCAGGACUGUUCGCAGCCCAGACCGCCCCUUGCGCCUGUUGGCUUUGUAUACUCGCGUUCAAAACUAUUACCUCCACUCCAUUUGCCAUCCUCUAACUAUUAGAAAACCAUUUCCAUUUCAACCAGUCGUUAAUUUAUAUUUAUUUAUACUGUACAUUGUUCGUUCAUGUGUUUGUCCGAAUAUAUCUGGACACGAGUCACACCGCUGCGAAAUAAAAUAAAAUAUUGUCUUUGCGAAUCCAAUCCUUUAGACUUUGCCACCAUGGCUUUUGAACCAAACAAACGCCGACCGCAUAUCCAGGGUGUUUCCCCCUUAGUGCGAUUUUCAAUGAGAAAUAUGAUGUUUUUCUGUAUGAGUUUCUAGUGUAACAUUAAAAUUGAAAUGACGGGUAUAUUGCUCUAGACCGAAAACCUUGUUUGAAACCAAUGCACUCCUACGUGGAGUGCCAACAUUGCCAAGGUCGUUGUACGAGGCCGAGAAUGUAUGAAAAGCAUUACUUUGUGACUUAUUUUCUGUCAUGUAAAGCUAGAGAGCCAACUACCCCCAUGGGGUCAAUUAUAUGAGAUUUUUUGUGUAUAUACAAUGUACUUACUUGUAAAAAAAGAAUGUCUGUGUCUGAUUUUGAUUGAUGUGUGUCCGUCCAGGUGUAAACUAUUUGUAAGGUCAUAAUAUCAUUAAACAAAUAUUUAAGCA